GUUUUAAGUGUCUCUGGGCAAGGCCAGCUGUUGACAGGUAGAUUUUGGCAUAUCACAGACCUCCACUUGGAUCAUACGUACAGAUUAUCAGAUGGAAACUCCGGAUCAGUGUGUAAUUCAAGUGGGAGUCAUCCAAGCCCACAAGCGGGUAAAUUUGGAGACUAUCUUUGUGAUUCACCAUGGGACCUCAUCAGUUCCUCGGUGCAUGCCAUGAAGGAUAUCCUGCCUGAUCCAGACUUCAUUAUUUGGACCGGAGAUGAUACACCUCAUGUUCCUAAUGAAGAUCUAGGAGAAGAGAAAGUCCUGGGAAUCAUUGGAAAUCUCACCCACAUCAUAAAAACACUGUUUCCCAAAACAAAGGUCUACUCAGCUCUGGGCAAUCAUGAUUACCAUCCAAAGAGUCAGUUACCACCCACACAAAACAACAUUUAUGAGCAAAUACAAAAGUUAUGGGAAGACUGGCUGGAUCCAGCAUCGAGAGAUACUUUUAAAAGAGGUGGAUAUUAUACAGAAAAGCUGCUAAAUCAAACCGGUUUCAGAGUUCUGGUUCUAAAUACUAAUCUGUAUUAUGACCAGAACAAAAUCACAAAAAACAUGAGCGAUCCAGCAGACCAGUUUAAAUGGGCAGACCAAGUGCUCACUGAAGCUGCCAAAAACAAGGAAAAGGUGUACAUUGUCGGUCACAUUCCUCCUGGGUUUUUUGAGAAGAAACGACAUAAGCUAUGGUUCACGUCCGAGUUCAAUAAACAAUAUAUAGAGCUUAUUCAGAAAUAUCAUGACAUUAUAAUCGGACAGUUCUUUGGACAUCACCAUACUGACAGCUUCCGGAUGUUCUACAGUGCAUCAGGAUCUCCAAUCAGUGCAAUGUUCCUGAGUCCAGCAGUUACACCUUGGAAAACAACACUACCCGGAGUAGUAAAUGGGGCAAAUAAUCCUGCCAUUCGGGUGUUUGAGUAUGACAAAAAAACACUUUUGGUUGAGGAUGUAGUGACCUACUAUCUGAACUUGACCUAUGCAAACAUUGCACGUGCACGCUGGGAGAAGGAGUAUCGUCUGACUGAAGCGUUCAGAGUGCCGGAUGCCUCCCCUGUCUCCAUGCACCGUGUGUUGGAACAGAUAGCACAUGAGAACUGCUACUUGCAGAAGUAUUAUGGCUUCAACUCAGUAAAUUACGACCUGUCAGAAUGCAACGCAGAUUGCCGUCUUGACCAUGUGUGUGCCAUGAGAGAGGUGGGCUUUGAGGCUUAUGAGGAAUGUGUGAAGGAGGGGGCUUCUUCUUCUAUCCCAGCACUUCUGACCAUAGGUUUUGCACUUUCUAUAAGCAUGUGGGCCAGCUACUAAUCCUUUAAGAACCCUUCCCGUUACCAGCACUUUUGUGCCUUUGUAAGUGUCCUCUCAUUUUAUCACACCAAGCCAUUAAACUGAGAGGCAAAGAGGAA